AUGGCUGCCUCUCUACCUGAUGACCAUCAAGGGUGGAAUGAGAGUAUUCAUCAAAUACUUCUGGAAGCGCAACAUCGGUGGCUACGGCCUGCAGAAAUCUGUGAAAUUCUGAGCAACCAUGAAAAGUUCCGUAUUGCCCAAGAGCCCCAAAACAGGCCACCAAGUGGUUCCCUUUUCCUGUUUGACCGCAAGGUAAUGAGAUAUUUCAGAAAAGAUGGGCAUAACUGGAGGAAGAAAGAAGCUCAUGAGAGGCUCAAGUCUGGCAGCAUUGAUGUGCUGCAUUGCUAUUAUGCACAUGGAGAAGGAAAUGAGAAUUUUCAAAGAAGAACAUAUUGGAUGCUUGAAGAGGAACUACCACGCAUAGUUCUUGUCCACUAUCGAGAAGUAACGCAGGGGAAUAGUAGGGCGAGCUUCUACCGUGUCAAAGAGACCGCAGAGGCUAUUUCAAAUUCCCCGAAAACAGACGAUGGAGUUGCUCAGAAUUCUGAGAUGGACACUUCUGUUUCAUCCAACUAUCACUCUUACUGUUACCAAAUGGCUACACAGACAACAGAAGACACAGUAAACAUGGCCAGUGGCAAAGCUUCAGAAUACGAGGAUGUAGAGUCAGUGUACAACCAGCAGGCAAGUUUUGGAUUCCAUGCUAUUUUUGAGGGCCAACAGUCUAAUUCAUGCCUAAAUGUGUCCUGUUCGGAUGGUAAUACAGGGAAGCUGCCAGUUGUUUCCUCAUAUGCUCAAACUGGUGAACUCAAAGAUGUUAAUGGUACUGGAUCAGAAUUUGAAUCGCAAAGUCAAGUUGAAUUAUCAUCAUGGGACUUCGGAAACAGUAGUUAUGGAAUUGAGCACAUGCCAAAUGACUUCCAAUCUCCACUAACAGCUGAUACUGCACCAAUUAAUCCCAAACAAGGAGAUAUGUUACUGGGAAACCUGAUUUUAAGUAGCUUUGGUAAAAGGCAGGAUUCUGCAAGUCAUGUGGCAAUCCAAGAACAAUGGCAGCAGGUGCCAGAUGCACACUGUAGUGUGAUGCCUGAGAAAGAAUCGCACCGUGGUUCUUUCAUGAAGGAUCGUUUGUUGGAUAGUUAUGUGGCUGAAGAAAGUCUGAAAAAACUUGAUAGCUUCAAUCGUUGGAUGAGUAAAGAACUUGGAGAUGUAGUAAAUGAGUCACCUGGACAAUCCACUUCUGCUACAUACUGGCAAAGUGUAGAGAGUGAAGCUGGAGUUGAAAAUUCCAGUUUUCUGUCUCAAUCACACUUGGACCCAUAUUUGAUGACUCCUUCCCUCUCCAAUGACCAGCUUUUCACCAUCGCUGAUUUCUCACCAAACUGGGCAUUCGUUGGCACAGAAGUGAAGGUCUUGAUCACAGGAAAAUUCUUGAAGAGCCAAGAAGACCUAGAAAACUGCAAAUGGUCAUGUAUGUUUGGAGAAGUCGAAGUUCCAGUCGAGAUUAUAGCAGAUGGUGUUCUCCGUUGCUAUAACCCUUUGCUAGAGGCUGGGAGAAUCCCAUUCUACAUCACUUGCUCGAACAGGAUAGCAUGCAGCGAAGUACGUGAAUUUGAAUUCCGUGUCAGCAUUGUCCACGAUGUGUGUCCUGCCGAUAGUCACAACACUGUUGAAAACCUCGAGAUGAGAUUUGGAAAGCUGUUGUGCCUGAGUCCAGUUUCCCCUGUGAAGCUCGAUGCAAGAAGUAUAGGUGAAAGUGAAUUUUUCCAGAUGAGCAGUAAACUCAGAUUCCUGCUGAAAGAAGAAGGUGAUCAAUGGGAUUUGAUGGUGAGGUCGACUUCAGAGGAAGGGUUUUCGGCUCAGAAAGUGAAGGACCAGCUACUUCAGAAGUUCUUAAAGGAUAAACUGCAUGAUUGGCUGUUGCAGAAGGUAGCCGAAGGCGGGAAGGGUGCAAGUGUAUUGGAUGAAAGUGGGCAAGGUGUGCUGCAUUUGGCAGCUGCUCUAGGGUUUGAUUGGGCCUUUGAGCCAACGGUCGUUGCUGGGGUGAGAGUUGAUUUUCGUGAUGUCAAUGGGUGGACUGCCCUUCAUUGGGCUGCUUGUUGUGGCAGGGAGCGGACAGUUGCUUCCCUAUUACAUCUUGGAGCAGCACCUGGAGCACUAACAGAUCCCACUCCUGGAAACCCUACGAGCAGGACACCUGCUGACUUAGCCUCUGUAAAUGGACACAAGGGAAUCGCCGGUUUCCUUGCUGAAUCUGCUUUAACUUCACACUUCACCACACUAGCUCUGGACAAGCAGCAUGGUAGUAAUAAUGGUGUUCCUGCCGUCUCUAGUGCAAAUAAUGUCCAACUUGUCCUAGAACCUUGGACAACACCAGACGAUAAUAAUGGAAAGUCCUUGAAAGAGUCGCUAGAUGCUUUGAGCAAUGCCACUCAAGCUGCUGCUCGUAUUCACCAAGUGUUCAGGGUGCAGUCAUUUCAAAGAAAGCGGCUAAAAGAGCGUGGUGAUGGGAAGCUAAGAAUAUCAGACGAGGAAGAAGCACUUUCGUUAAUCAAGGUGAAGGGAACCAGCAAGAAGCCUGACGAGCCAGUGCAAGCUGCUGCAGUGAGGAUUCAAAACAAGUUUCGGAGUUGGAAAGGUAGGAGGAAGUUCUUGUUUAUCCGGCAACAAAUAGUCAAGAUUCAGGCUCAUGUAAGAGGACACCAGGUGAGGAAGAACUACAGAAAGAUCAUAUGGUCAGUGGGGAUUGUGGAGAAGGUGAUACUUCGAUGGAGAAGGAAGAGAAGUGGUCUCCGCGGAUUCAAACCCGAGUCAUUUACUGAAGGUCAAAACACCAAUAGCAUUCAGCAACGUCCAUCAUCCAGGGAAGACGAUUACGAUUUCUUUAAAGAAGGAAGGAAGCAAACAGAGGCAAGAUCUCAGAUUGCUCUUGCGAGGGUUAAGUCCAUGGUUCAGUAUCCAGAAGCUAGAGAUCAAUACUGCAGACUUCGAAAUGUAGUGACAGAGAUCGAGGAGACAAAGUCUGUUCAAAGUUCUGAAAGAGCAAGGCCUGAUUUUGAUGACCUAAUUGAUCUUGAAUCGCUGUUGGAUGAUGAUAUCUUCAUGCCUACAGCUUAG